AUGUACGAAGAGAACAAAAACCGCAAAGAAGACCUGCAAAUCAGAUAUACAGAAGGUAAGAUGGACAGGGUUUUGGUUUUGGUUGCCAUAACCCUUCUUCACACAGUUCUCACAUUUCCCACAUCGCUUUCGGAAAAUGAAGCAAGAGAUUCAACUUCCAACAGCGGACCUCUGAGCACAAUAACAGAGGUCCCAAUCUGUGACGGAGACGAAGGAAAUAAAUUAGCUUUAUGUCACGGAAAUGCGACAGUUACAGAAAAGACUACCAAUAACACAACGGUGAGAAUAUAUAAAGCGAAAGACAAUUCCAACACGACAACAAUAAGAAGGACUACGCAGGAAACGAACAGAAACUCUACAUGUAUAAUGGUGUGGAAGGAUGCAAUUACCUCUACAACUACAUACACAAGAGUAGUUUUAACCGAAAUAACCACUAUAAAUACCAAUGGCCCAAAACUAACUGAAUCGGCUACUAGUGUUCUUCCAGUUAGGUUCACAACCAUUACAACUCCUACAUCUCCACUUCAAUGGACAACGGAAACUUUCAAAGGAAACACGACUGGAAACGCUACGACAUCGACAACCAUAGGUCGUACAACAACUAUAGAGCCCAGAACUACGACAACGACUGCAGAGUUUACAACAACUAGAGAGCCAACGACAACAACAACAGAACCGACGACGACAACGACUAUAGAGCCAACGACAACAACUAGAGAGCCGACGACGACUACGACGGUAGAGCCUACAACCACAACUAGAGAACCGACGACAACAACUAGAGAACCGACGACGACUACGACGGUAGAGCCUACAACCACAACUAGAGAGCCAACGACAACAACGACGAUAGAGCCAACGACAACAACGACGAUAGAGCCAACGACAACAACUAGAGAACCGACGACGACUACGACGGUAGAGCCUACAACCACAACUGGAGAGCCAACGACAACAACUAGAGAACCGACGACGACUACGACGGUAGAGCCUACAACCACAACCAGAGAGCCAACGACGACUACGACGGUAGAGCCAACGACAACAACUAGAGAGUCGACGACGACUACGACGGUAGAGCCAACGACAACAACUAGAGAGCCGACGACGACUACGACGAGAACCGACGACGACACGACGAUAGAGCCACACACACGAGAGCCAACGACAACAACUAGAGAACCGACGACGACUACGACGGUAGAGCCUACAACCACAACCAGAGAGCCAACGACAACAACUAGAGAGCCGACGACGACUACGACGAGCCUACGAGAGCCAACGACAACAACUGGAGAGCCGACGACGACUACGACGGUAGAGCCUACAACCACAACCAGAGAGCCAACGACAACAACUAGAGAACCGACGACGACUACGACGGUAAAGCCUACAACCACAACCAGAGAGCCAACGACAACAACUAGAGAACCGACGACGACUACGACGGUAGAGCCUACAACCACAACCAGAGAGCCAACGACAACAACUAGAGAGCCGACGACGACUACGACGGUAGAGCUUACAACCACAACUGGAGAGCCAACGACAACAACUAGAGAGCCGACGACGACUACGACGGUAGAGCUUACAACCACAACUAGAGAGCCAACGACAACAACUAGAGAACCGACGACGACUACGACGGUAGAGCCAACAACCACAACUAGAGAGCCAACGACGACUACGACGGUAGAGCCUACAACCACAACUGGAGAGCCAACGACAACAACUAGAGAACCGACGACGACUACGACGGUAGAGCCUACAACCACAACCAGAGAGCCAACGACGACUACGACGGUAGAGCCUACAACCACAACUAGAGAGCCAACGACAACAACGACGAUAGAGCCAACGACAACAACUAGAGAACCGACGACGACUACGACGGUAGAGCCAACGACAACAACUAGAGAGCCGACGACGACUACGACGGUAGAGCCUACAACCACAACUAGAGAGCCAACGACAACAACGACGAUAGAGCCAACGACAACAACUAGAGAACCGACGACGACUACGACGGUAGAGCCAACGACAACAACUAGAGAGCCGACGACGACUACGACGGUAGAGCCUACAACCACAACUAGAGAGCCGACGACGACUACGACGGUAGAGCCUACAACCACAACUAGAGAGCCAACGACAACAACGACGAUAGAGCCAACGACAACAACUAGAGAACCGACGACGACUACGACGGUAGAGCCAACGACAACAACUAGAGAGCCGACGACGACUACGACGGUAGAGCCUACAACCACAACUAGAGAGCCGACGACGACUACGACGGUAGAGCCUACAACCACAACUAGAGAGCCAACGACAACAACGACGAUAGAGCCAACGACAACAACUAGAGAGCCAACGACAACAACGACGAUAGAGCCAACGACAACAACUAGAGAACCGACGACGACUACGACGGUAGAGCCUACAACCACAACUGGAGAGCCAACGACAACAACUAGAGAACCGACGACGACUACGACGGUAGAGCCUACAACCACAACUAGAGAGCCAACGACAACAACGACGAUAGAGCCAACGACAACAACUAGAGAGCCAACGACAACAACGACGAUAGAGCCAACGACAACAACUAGAGAACCGACGACGACUACGACGGUAGAGCCAACGACAACAACUAGAGAGCCGACGACGACUACGACGGUAGAGCCUACAACCACAACUAGAGAGCCGACGACGACUACGACGGUAGAGCUUACAACCACAACUAGAGAGCCAACGACAACAACGACGAUAGAGCCAACGACAACAACUAGAGAGCCAACGACAACAACGACGAUAGAGCCAACGACAACAACUAGAGAACCGACGACGACUACGACGGUAGAGCCUACAACCACAACUGGAGAGCCAACGACAACAACUAGAGAACCGACGACGACUACGACGGUAGAGCCUACAACCACAACUAGAGAGCCAACGACAACAACGACGAUAGAGCCAACGACAACAACUAGAGAGCCAACGACAACAACGACGAUAGAGCCAACGACAACAACUAGAGAACCGACGACGACUACGACGGUAGAGCCUACAACCACAACUGGAGAGCCAACGACAACAACUAGAGAACCGACGACGACUACGACGGUAGAGCCUACAACCACAACUAGAGAGCCAACGACAACAACUAGAGAGCCGACGACGACUACGACGGUAGAGCCUACAACCACAACUGGAGAGCCAACGACAACAACGACGGUAGAGCCAACGACAACAACUAGAGAACCGACGACGACUACGACGAUAGAGCCAACGACAACAACUAGAGAGCCGACGACGACUACGACGGUAGAGCCUACAACCACAACUAGAGAGCCAACGACAACAACGACGGUAGAGCCAACGACAACAACUAGAGAACCGACGACAACAACGACGAUAGAGCCAACGACAACAACUAGAGAGCCGACGACUACUACGACGGUAGAGCCUACAACCACAACCAGAGAGCCAACGACAACAACUAGAGAGCCGACGACGACUACGACGGUAGAGCCUACAACCACAACUAGAGAGCCAACGACAACAACGACGAUAGAGCCAACGACAACAACUAGAGAACCGACGACGACUACGACGGUAGAGCCUACAACCACAACUAGAGAGCCAACGACAACAACUAGAGAGCCGACGACGACUACGACGGUAGAGCCUACAACCACAACUAGAGAGCCAACGACAACAACGACGAUAGAGCCAACGACAACAACUAGAGAACCGACGACGACUACGACGGUAGAGCCUACAACCACAACUAGAGAGCCAACGACAACAACGACGAUAGAGCCAACGACAACAACUAGAGAACCGACGACGAGUACGACGGUAGAGCCUACAACCACAACUAGAGAGCCGACGACAACAACUAGAGAGCCGACAACGACUACGACGGUAGAGCCAACGACAACAAUUAGAGAACCGACGACAACAACUAGAGAGCCGACGACGACUACGACGGUAGAGCCAACGACAACAACUAGAGAACCGACAACGACUACGACGGUAGAGCCAACGACAACAAUUAGAGAACCGACGACAACAACUAGAGAGCCGACGACGACUACGACGGUAGAGCCAACGACAACAACUAGAGAACCGACGACGACAACGACGAACUUGGAACUAAAUUCUUCAACCGGAGAGUCUAAGACUACUACAUUUGUUAUACUCAUAAGCACCUUCAUAAAGCAGUUAAAGAACAAUAUUCAUUGUCUUUUUGUGGCAGAUAUGUACGCUUUUGGAAGGAAUGAAAGUAGAUAUGUCAAGGAAAAGCAACUCAUAAAUGAGAUCAGCCUCCGUUUGUUCCAACUCACAGAAGCAUCGACAGCUGGUAUUGCCGUUUAUGGAUUCGUUCCUGAGACACGCAUCAAUCUUAAUUCUGCGCUCAACAACAUGGCUGUUUCACACGAAAAGUUCUCUAAAAAUCUUGAACAAAGUGCCAGGAUCGGAGACAACGUCGAGCAUUCAAACACACAAGAAGCCAUUUACGACAUCAAACACUUCAAGAAUUUGAAUGGUCGGGCUAAUUGCUUAGUAUUCUUUUCGGCACGAAAGAACACCUAUGGACUGCCAAGGUUGAUUCUGAAUCCAGAAUGGAAGAGAAUCGUUGCUGUGGGAUUUGAUGACAACAACCUGAGCGAUAUCGUAGAAUGGCCACAGGGAACUUCACUGAUGAUCCCAGAAUCCUUUACGAGAAAACAUGUGGACAUGGUGGUUGAAGACGUCCUAGAAGGUGGAAGUCUAAAUCAUCGGACCGAAAACCUCGUGCUUGUUUGCCUCGAGAGACUCAACUUCUUUCAUGUUUCUGCAGAAGUUCUGGCGGAAAAGGCAGCGCUAAGACCGUUUUGCAAAUCUUCUUGUCCGGAAGAUGGAUGCAGUUUUAAAAAUCAUAAUCCUUGCACUGUUCUUUGUUACAUCCGAGUCACUUGCAGGAAAAUCGCCAAAGAACAGGGAUGUAGUGCCAAUAAAGGACAAUAUUCAUUGUCUUCUCGUUGCAGACCUCUUCAGUUACGGGAAGAAUGA